GAUGUCAUAAGGACACCAUGCUUUGAUAGACUCUCUGUACUAGUAGGAUACGUCACUCUUCCCAAAAUCUUAAUUAACAGAAUAUUGACGAUAGCUAGGUAUUCCUCUGAACAAGCAAUGCCUUAGGCUAUGAUCAAUAACCGUGGACUGUGGCACAGCCACAGGGCAUAAGAUCUAACUAGAUGAUGUAAACAUGACAUGACAUAAAUGCAUGCCCUCUUAUUUUAGGGACAUGACUGCAUCUCGGUCUACUCAAGUAUCAUAGAUAUACCCCACCACUAAUGACAAGCGGCAUGUACGCAUAUGCAAGUAGCAUACACUCAUUCCAACGACGGAUCUCCGAGCACCAGAAAAAGCGAUGGCAGGAAGAAUACAAACUCGCCGCCUGGUCGGGUCCUACUUCAGAGAUCCGAUACACUGGUAUCACCGCUAAAAGAGUCGACGAGCAUAGUAUACAUCUUGUAAUCGCCGUCCGAGACGCAGUCUACCCGCUGGACUUUCUGGAACAUCGAUUCCAUAUCCCUGCCAAGAACCUCGAUGCCAACAUCACGGAGUUUAUCCUCGCGCAGCUCCGGAAGUACAGCCUGAAUCAUGCAGAAAAGUUCAUCGGUACCUGCCUCCCGACAGAAUUGACGGACCUUUGUCCCCGACUGGCCUCCCGGCUUUGGCUAGAGCUCGAUGUGAUGCCACUGGUUGUACCGCAGCAUGACGCGCUGGGUGGUCGCUACGAGCAGGAAAUUCCAUGGGAGACACGGGAUGCAGAUGAGCAGGCGGAGUAUCUGGCCAUGAAAUGCGUGAGAUUGUUCGGCCCGAAUAAUAUACCACUCCUGCAAGUUGGGUUCCGUGGGUUGGUCGAAGUGGACUCUGGAUUCAUGAUGCAUCUGGCAACGCUCGAUGAUUACAAAGGCACAGUCAGCGAGCGGACAUGGGUGGCUCUAGAACGGCUUGCAGGACAGGUUCGGGGGAAGAAAAUCCGAAUUGCCCUCUUCAGCGCAACACCCCAGGGAGGUGGAGUCGCCCUCAUCCGCCAUGCCUUUCUUCGACUGAGCAAGCUCCUGAACCUGGACGUGCAGUGGUACGUGCCGCAACCGCGAUCCGGCGUGUUCCGCAUCACCAAGAUGAAUCACAAUAUCUUCCAAGGUGUUGCAGAGCCCGACGACUAUCUAACCGCAGAGAAUGAGGAACAACUCCGACAAUGGGUAAGCGUCAACAGCAAACGCGCCUGGUCCUGUCCCGGCGGACCUCUCGAUCAUCCCUCCAGCGGCGGUGCACAUAUCGUCGUGGUAGACGACCCGCAACUGCCGGACCUGAUCCCUAUUUCCAAGGAGAAGGCACCAGACCGGCCGGUGAUCUUCCGCAGCCACAUCCAGAUCCGAGUGGACCUGGCGUGCACACCUGACACACCUCAGGCCAGAUCAUGGGACUGGCUAUGGCAUCGUGCGCAGCAUGCUGAUGUGUUUAUCAGCCAUCCCAUUCCAGCCUCUGUGCCGCCCACUGUGCCGAAAGCGAUGAUCGGCCACUCUCCCGCCUCGACGGAUGUGUUGGACGGACUCAAUAAGGAAAUGAUAGAUUCCGACAUCGCAUACUAUGGCCGGCUGUUCAACCAGUGGUGCCACGAAACAGGAAUGCCAACGAUCGAUUAUCCGACCGACGAGUACUUUGUGCAAAUCGCCCGGUUCGACCCGUCAAAGGGAAUAAUCGACGUCUUGGACUCGUAUCACAAAUUCCAUACUCGUCUGGUACAGGCUGAGCCGGACAGUAAGGUCUCGAAACUAGUCGUCUGCGGACAUGGGUCUGUCGAUGAUCCAGAUGCAAGUGAAAUGUUCGACGUGGCCAUGGACCAUAUUCAUAAAGUAAUGCCCCAUCUCGCCGAUAAGAUCGCUGUUGUUCGUGCGAAGCCAUCUGACCAGGUCCUGAACGCGAUUCUUUCCAAGUCAAAAGUUGUCCUUCAGCUCUCCACCCAGGAAGGCUUUGAAAUCAAGGUCUCGGAAGCACUCCGCAAAGGCAAACCCGUGAUUGUUACGGACGUUGGUGGCUUGCCGUAUCAAGUUAUUGAUAACGAGACGGGAUUUAUUGUCAAAGUAGGGGACACAGACCGAGUCGCAGAAUGUCUCUAUAAUUUGUGGACCGAUGAAGACUUGUAUCGGCGAAUGCAGGAAAAAGCCCCUGGUUCAGUCAGUGACAAUGUCACGACGGUUGGUCUGGUCAGCUCGUGGCUCUAUAUGAUUCGGAAACUUCUUGAGGACCAUUCAUGGAAACCUGGAAAUCGACUACUAUCCGAUCUGAUGUUUGAAGAUUUGGGCUUAGCAUCGAUUGACACUUGACCGCUCCGCAUCAAGCUACAGUGGUGUAGUAUGGCGAGAUUGCGACAAUAGGACAAGGGCUUCCGAUCUCAUUUCCUUCGCGGGUUCAAUAUUUCCCCGCCCCGGUCGCUCUUCUCAACCAAGAGGUACUUGAUAGCGCAGGAUACUGCCGCAUGAAACCCAAGGUAGAUGUUCUCCUCCAAACCCAGCGAAGACGCAAUGAAACCGCUUGGAUCCACUCCUUUCUGAAUCAGAAGCUCAACCACAUCAUGGUCACAUUUUCGAAUGGCACCAGGAAACGGGAGAUAACAGAUUCUCCUCUUUUG